AUGACCAACGCAGCAUCUAUCAAUGGCGUGGACUCCUUCGAGCUGGUAGAUAUCCUGCUCAUAGGAUUGGGAUCAAUCGGUUCGGUUUACGCUUAUCUCCUCGAGAGGUCUGGUAAAGCAAGGGUCACUGCCGUCGCAAGAUCCAACUAUACCCUCUAUACCACUACUGGUGUGACCCUUCACACUGAUAGGUUCGGAAUCGUCGAGGGAUGGAAGCCGUAUAGAGUUGUUCGAUCUCAAGCUGAAGCUCUCGCCGAUGGGAAGCGAUACGCUAUAUGUGUAGUCUGUACAAAAUGCCUGCCAGAUGUAUUACCAAACUCUGAAUUACUGAAAGAUGCUAUCGAAAGUGGUCAGGUUGGUUCAUGGAAUUUGGUUCAAAAUGGGCUUGGCAUAGAAGAAGACCUGUAUCAGGCUGUGAAACAUCUCGGUACACCCGUUAUGUCGAGUCCAGCUUGGAUAGGUAUAGUCACGGAAGGUAGUUUAGUAAGAUGGAGAGGUAAAGACACCUUGGUUACCGGCUUAUAUCCGCCAUUACCACCCAAAGACAAAUCUGCUGAGGGUGAAGCAAGGAUAUUCACAGAAAGGGAGAAAGAUGCUUUGAAGCUCUGGGUGGAUCUUUUGACUGCUGGUGAAGGUUAUGUACAUCCUACAGAUCAUAUCGAUUCUAUCAGAUUCUUGAAGAACGUAUGGAACUGCGCUUGGGCAGUAGUAACAGGCUUGAUUCGACAUACCGCAUUACAAUUCAGUUACCUCGGACCAACUGAAGAAAAGUAUAUCAAAGACUAUUUCAUGGAGAUCGUCGAUAUCGGUUUCAAAUCUGGAUUAUUGUACGAAGGGAUGAUCCAGUAUCCUGCUGGGGAUGUUAUGGGUGAUGCACAAAGUGUCGUAAAUAGAGCUUGGACAGUGCUCACAGGCACAGCCCGAGAAAGAGGAGUAGGUCAUAAAUACUCCCUUCUCAUUGACGUCGAACAAAACAGACCAUUCGAGGUUGAGGUUAUCGUCCGAUCAGUAUUGAACAUUGCCAAGAAGAAUAACAUCGUUACGCCAAGAUUGGAAUUCGCUUACGCAAUGUUGAAAGCUUUACAGUUGGAGAUUAUAAGGGAUAAUGAUAGGAAGAAGGUCAAGAAGGCUGAUGAAGUUGGUGCUUGA